CGCACGGAGCGGCGCGCGCCGGUCGGCCGAGUCAGGCUGGCGCCCCCCGCCCCCCUCUCCGCUGUCCGUGGCGAGCCGGUGCCCUUCCCUGUUCCACUUGCCUUCGCUCCCCGGCCCCGCGGCCGCGCUCCCUCCGUCCCUCCCCUCCGGCCCGCCCCGUCCAGCCCGCUCUGCCCGGCUCCCGCAGGCCCCCCUCGCUGCCCGCGUUCCUAUGGACAGACGCACAGACACCUGCAGGAAAGACACUGCUGAUCCUGUAACAUGGAGGAUUGCCUUCAUACCUCAUCUGAGAAUCUAUCCAAAUUGGUCAGCUGGGCCCACAGCCAUGGGACCAUUUGCAGCCUCAUUCCAAACCUGAAACACUUACUUUCAGAAGGUUCCCAUGGGAACCUGACGGCAAUGUGGGGCUGUAGUGCAGGCCACGCUUAUCACUGGCCACUGACAGCUACUUGCAGAGCUGGCUCCCAAGAAAGGGUCUGUUUCCAGGAUAACAGAAGUUUUAACUCUGAUAGUCCAAGUAUAAUUGGCGUGCCCUCUGAGACUCAAACUAGCCCCGUUGAAAGGUACCCUGGCAGACCAGUGAAAGCGAAGCUAGACUGUAAUCGGACCAGAGACUCUUGUGACUUCUCUUAUUGCAGUGAGCCCUCUGAACUGGAUGAGGCGGUUGAAGAGUAUGAAGAUGAAAACACUCUGUUUGACAUGGUUUGUGAGUCCUCUGUGACGGAUGAAGAUAGUGACUUUGAACCCCAACCGCAGAGGCCUCAAAGCAUUGCGCGAAAAAGGCCUGGAAUAGUCCCAUCUUCUCUCCAUUCGAGCUCCCAGACUCAAAUGAUUGAUGAAUGCAGCAGUGAUGUCAUCAUUAAGAAGAUCAAACAAGAGAUUCCCGAAGAUUACUACAUUGUGGCAAAUGCAGAGCUGACUGGAGGGGUAGAUGGACCAGCCCUGUCAUUGACACAGAUGGCAAAACCCAAGUCUCAGGCUCAUGCUGGGCCCUCCUUAGGGUCUGCUAAGCUGAUUUCCCACGUAACAUCCGCCAUCAGCACAGAGCUGGACCCACAUGGUGUGUCUGCGUCCCCCUCUGUGAUGUCUAGACCAGUCGUCCAGAAGACCACCAGGGUAUCUCUGGCUUCACCUAACAGGGGACCCCCUGGUGCCCAUGGCACCAGCCAGCACGUGGCCAUGCAGAUGCCCGUGAGCACAUCCCAUCCUAACAAACAGAUCAGCAUCCCUUUGUCUGCCCUGCAGCUGCCGGGACAGGAUGAACAAGUUGCUUCCGAAGAGUUCCUGUCCCAUCUGCCCAGCCAGGUCUCCUCCUGUGAGGUGGCCCUUUCUCCCUCAGUUAACACAGAGCCAGAAGUGAGCUCCAGUCAGCAGCAGCCCCCAGUCGCUCCGACCAUAACCACCGAGGCCACGGCACAGUGCAUACCAGACCAGGAUGAAAGAGCAGCUGAGCUCAGCAGGGAGCAGAACGAGAAAACCAUCCGGAGCACGCAGACUGCGCUCCGCAAUUUCCCCUAUUCUACUAAGCUCAACAAAUUUCCUGUAUUUAAUAUUAAUGAUGACUUGAAUGACCUAUGUACCAGUGCAGUAAGCCCAAACACGACCAAAGCCACGCGGUAUGCCCUGAAUGUGUGGCGAUAUUGGUGCAUGACCAAUGGGCUUAAAGAUCACACAGACAUCACCAAGAUCCCUGCAGUGAAGUUGAACGAGUUGCUCGAGAACUUUUACGUCACCGUAAAGAAGAGUGACGGCUCAGACUUCCUGGCCACGUCGCUGCACGCCAUCCGCCGAGGCCUGGACCGCAUCCUGAAGAAUGCAGGGGUGGGCUUCUCCAUCACCAGCAGCACCUUCAGCUCGUCCACCAAGAAACUCAAGGAGAAGCUGUGGGUGCUGAGUAAGGCAGGGAUGUCAGGGGCCCGCUCCCGCAACAUCGUCUACUUCUCCGUCUCGGACGAGGAGGAGAUGUGGCAGGCGGGGUGUCUGGGGGAUGACAGCCCUAUCACACUCCUGUCCACCGUGGUCAAGUACAACAGCCAGUACCUGAACAUGAGGACGCUGCAGGAGCAUGCUGACCUGAUGUACGGCGACAUCGAGCUGCUCACAGACCCACAGAACCAUUCCUACUUCGCCCGGACAGACAGCGUCAAGCGGGAGAGCCGGAGCGCUUCCAGCCGCGUUUGCCACGGCAAGAUCUACCACGAGCAUUCCCGGGGCCACAAACAGUGUCCUUACUGCCUCCUCUACAAGUACAUGUACGUCCACCGGCCGCCCACCCAGAUGGAGGCCAAGUCCCCUUUCUACCUUACAGCCAGGAAGGAGGCUGCAGACAUGGGCAGGGUGUGGUACGAGGAGCAGAGGAUGGGCCUGCGGUCUCUUCGGGGAGUUGUCCCGAACUUAGCCAAGAAGGUCAAGCUGGAAAACUGUGAGAACUUCACCUUCGUCUCAUUCACUCAGGUGUCCAGGAGGCUCAGCUCCCACAGCUGCUGCCAGUGAGUGUCCCCUAGGUCCCGGCCACUACCCCACUCAUCCUGGUCAGGGGGCGCGCCCCCCUGCAGCCAAGGCUAGAGCUCCGAGGCGGCCGGGAUGACCAUGACUUCAUGGUCAGGGUGUGGGACUUCUUGUUUCUUUGACUUCAGAUUUGUUUUUUUUUAACUGAAAGUAGACAAGUGAAGAUUUAGAAUAUUUUAUCCAGAUGUGUGUCACCUCUGUUAAAUUAUAGAAUCUAAUACAAUGUAUAAAUAACUACAUACACAAGAGCAAGGAAGUUCAUUUUAUCUAGUGCCUUUUUAGCACAGAUUUUCUCAAAAAAAGAAAAAAAAACUAUUUCAGUAGUCAUUAAAAAAAAAAAAAAAUCCCAGUAGCCUAGUAGCUUUAGAAUGUUUUGAAGACUCUAAACACUUUAAUGAAUUACAGUGAGGAUCUAGGAAGAGGGAGGCAGACAGAUUAACUACUUCCAGGAGAGAACUUGUGCUUGGCACUCCUCUUCAUGUUUUGUUGGUGGAUAACUUGAUCCUGCAGAGCAUGCAGCCUUGCCUGGUGGAAGGUCAUGGAGCUCCACUCAGUCAUGCUGAUAAGAAAGCAGGGCUGCUCUUAGCCCUGGGAGGAACUUGAUCUCUGCAUCAAUGGAGACAGUUUUAUGAAAAAAGAUAAAUACACCAAACAGUGCUUAUGAGAACAAGAUUUCCAGUGAACUAGGUGGUUCGAGGGAACUUCCUGCAGUGAGAGAAAGUGUCUUGGAAAAGCGAUCUGUGAUCAAAACGUGAAAAACCUCCUGAAGCAGAAGUGCCUACAUUUUCUUUCUCAGCGUGCUGUGAGAGCUGUUUUUGUUUGACCACUGUUUAGAGGUUUGCUUUUUUUUAAUGUGUUCUUUGUGUCAUGCAGUUGUUCUAUCAGCAUAUAGCACUGGAUAUGUAAAACAACUGAAAGUAAUUUUCAGGCAUAACCAGGAAAAAAAACUAACAAAAUAAGCUGCAGAGAAAACAAAUCCCCAAAUGUGUUUAUAUUAAAGAGUUUUGAAGUAUAUUUGUCAAAGUACGACUCAUUCAGCCACAAGACAUGUCAUCAUUUGAGGUUGGCAUCAAUGCUUGGGACACGGUGAUGUGUCAGCCUGCCAGGUAAGCAAACCCAGCAUCAAGGACAUAGUGGUAAAAAUCAGACCACGGUGAUAGGCUGUUAACACAGUGUGAACACAUUUCACUAGGUGAGAUUUAAUCUGACCGUAUGUUAUUCACAAUUAACAGAAAGUUAUCAUAACUGCUCUCAAUUAUAAAUGAAAAAGGAACCCAAAGAGUACUAAUUAAUAAAAAUAACUGCUAGGGAAUCUUUAUGUUGUAUCUUAGGAAUGACUGUCACAACCUUACACCAUUUUGUUCCUGUGUGUGCUUUCUAACCCACAAUUAAAACUCCAGUAUACAUUCAUUUUGCAGGAGUCCUAAUAUUAGUCAUAUUUCUUUUUCAAAAUUUUGUUUUAGUAUUAAUCGUUUUUAAACAAUCAUUCACUGGCCCUUGAAAUAUGUAAUACUUCCUUUAAUGGAGAAGACUCAACCAAUGCUGCCUUAAGGUUUCAUGUUACUCCCUUUUUAGUUUCUGCAACACUUAUUUUAUUAGUUGAUCUUUCCUGAAUAUAGAUUAACUUUGGUAUGUCUCCGUCUGUAUGUAAAUUACAGGUAAUAUGUAAUAAGCAGUAUUAUAAGCUAUUGUUCUGUCGUGGUUUCCUAUAGGGGUUUUAGGGUUUUGAUUAAAAAGAGACAGAACCUGAGGUACAGUUUCCCUCACUUGCUGAACACCCAAAGGAAGUUUCAUUUGAAGAAAGCAAAUGGUCAUUUUUCUUGUCAGUACUGCUGUUAAACAGAAAUAUAACCUAUGUGAAACAGUUGGGCAGAGCCUGCAGCCUAAUUAAUAAGACUUCCAUUUUUCUUUUCAAUAGAUUCAAGAAAACAUUGCCAUUAGGUGUCGCUGGGAUCUUUUCAGAUUUUUACAUUUCCGGAAGUAGUAAUAACUGAUCCAGAGGCUAUAAUCUUCCUGUCGGUAGUGGCUUUUCAUCAGCUGAAUAACAAUCUGCCUCAGCUUUAUCGCUUAUCACCCAUGUGGUGAACUUUCAACCCUCAGAGUUCUGAAGGGGAUGAUUAUGAUUAGAGUCAGGAGGUAGAAUCUCCAGUGAUACCUGAUGGAAGGAAAGAGUCAUUAUCGCAGCAUCCUAACUGCCCUUCAUCGCGUGCCUCCUGGGGGAACGGGAGUGAGAAAGAACACAGGUAUCAGGUGCUGCUCUGCGCCAUCCGCUGUGUAUUUGUGUGUAGAGGUGUGUGUGUGUAUGCACACACACUUUAAGCUUAUAGGUAGGAACACCUAAUAAACCCGCGAACCUGGCAAACACCUGUCCUGCUACAUGGCUGCGUCCAUGGUCAGACGAUCUAAGGGGGCUGCGUAGCUAGCUCGCUAGCCUUCAGAGCUCAGGCCGUUGUUCUGUCUUUUCAGCCAGCUCUAAAUCAUACCCACUGGGUUCUCGGGGAUUUUCUCCUCUUGGCCUAAUAAUAAGCCAGCAGCAGGGAAAAUCCAAGAGAAGGGGAAGGUUAUGAGUACUUUCUCCACUUACCUGUAGUUGUUGUUGUUGUUGUUUUUAAUUCAUAAGUGGAAUUGAAUAGGGGGAAUUUGCAUGUUCACAGAGGCAGAAGUUGCCGUGGCUCCCGUCAGGAAUGGUGGGGCUGAAGGUACCUCGGGAGGACCCAGCAAGUCCUGUGGGCGAGCUUCUGCCUGCAAUAUUUCUGCAUCUGCUCUAAAGGGAGCCCUGCUUGCUUGGUACCUCCUCCCCAGAAUCUCCCCAGUCUCCCCUGGGAAGUUUAUUCUGCCAGAGACACUUGGGGCAUCAGCUUGAAGGGUGUGUUUCAUUGAAAUGUAAAGGCUUUAGCACAGCACUGGACACACAGUAAUUAUGCAAUAAGUCUUCCCUAUUUAGUUACAGUCUUUGGUGAAAGCAAUAAUGAUAUUCAGCUAAGCUGCUUUAUACCACUUAUUCCUUCCAUGAUGGAAAGUCUCCUUUAAACUGUUAAACUUGAAACCAAACCUUAUAAUCUGGUCACAUUUAUACCCAACACAUCAAAUUCUACCUCCUACACCUCGAAGCCCGGAUACCUCAGAUAUAAGCAAAAAUGGUUAAAGAAUUUCAGAGAAGCCCUGAGAGGCUUUAUGAGAAAGCUUUCCAUUGUUUACUGUGUUUGCAAAGGGGAGUGUUAUGGGAAAACCUAACCAAAGUUGUGAAAGGAUUGCUCUCCUCAGUGGUGUGGCAUUUCCCAGCUUUCCUUGGGUUAUGUGCUGUAUUAACCUGCCCUGACUGAUAACAUGGUAUUUGUAGAAAUGUGAAACUCUUGUUACUUUGAUUUUUAUCUCAAUUCAGCCUUAUUAAAACAUCAAGCACUAUGCCUACUUCUUUCAGCAUGUUCAUAGACAGCCGCGGAGAGAAUCUAGACAAAAUAGUCCUCCUGUAGAAGUGGAAGCCUCUGGCUAUACAGGAAGGAUGGCCUGAUUGGCAGCACCUUCUCUCCUCGGGUGGUCAGUGCUGGACUCCAUUUCCUCAGCUGUGCAGUGAGAUGAUUGGAUUCGAUCAUCUCCAGAGUGAUCAGUGUUAACAUCUCUGCAGUUCCUUAAGGCCAUCUAGUCAGGAAGUGGCAAAACCAGGAGACAGAAUUCCUAAGUCCUCAAGAUCAUACACUCAGUCUCCUCAAUGAGUGCUUCUCAGUAUACUGGAAUGCUUUCUUUAGGAAUAAUAAUUUUCUUCAAGUUUCACAACUCCUUAAAAUUAAUAUUUUCUCAUCUCUGGAAACAGCAGAAUGUUGAUUAUUUUUCUUAGAUUAGGCUAACACCUAAUUACCAUUGGUAAUUAACAUGUAUUGUUAACACUUAAAAUGUUUAAAUAUUACUGUUACCAGAUAAUACAUCCCUUUGUUGCUUUUAUUGAAAUCUGGAUUGCUCACCAUUUUUGAGCUAGUUACCAGUUACCUUUAGCCAUCCAGGAAUACAAACAAUGAAGACCUCAAAGAAGAGUUACCUCAUUUCCUCUAAGGAGCUCCAAUUUAGUCUAAGUUAAGGCCCAUACAUACUGAGUAACUGUUAACCAACGGCCCUGAGUCGAAGAAUACAUUAAAAGUUUCAAAUUCAUGUAUAUCUUUAAAUGCUUUUACUUUGGAGGUGAUCUUUUAAUGCUCUAUUUUAAGAGAAAACAGACUUGUUUAGGCAGAGUUCUUAGGUAAGAAUCUUUGUUGUAUUUUCCAAUAUAAAUUAUUAUCUGAGCAAAAACAUGAGGGGGAGACUGGUGAUGACCGAAAGCUGAACUCCCUUUCUAAGAGAAGAGGAGUCUUUAGGGAGAUGAAGAACUAGUUUAUCUGGAAAUUCCUCCGUUCUGUACCCAUGUAUCCUGACAUCAGGGGGUUUCCUGAAACUCCUCUGGGGGAGGUCUCCGGUCUUGGCCAAGUUCACAGAUUAUGAGGAUAGUUUUGAGCACUUCUAGUUCUUUACAGCCCAAGAAAUCCAGAGAAGUUCCUUGUGUUUUAAUUGUUGAUCAGAAUCAGAUUUCUAUGCUCAAUUAAAAUACUUUAUUAUUUAUCUAAUGUGGCUCAUUUGGAAGUUAAUAAUUUCAGGAAAUAGUUAUUAAGACCCGGAAAAAGAUCACUGGGUUAUAUGUAGAUGCAUAUUGCUUCCAUUAAUAUUAAAAGCAAUUAGGUAGAUCCUUCCCUGACUUUGAGAUGAGAAUGGGCUCCUAAGUACUUUAUGGUCAGUAUAACAGAUUUGAUUAAUUUACAUUUAGCCAUAGUUAUUGUUACUGAUUGACUCCAAUAAGUUUCUGAAAGAUUCAGAUUUGACUAUGGUAAGUGCUUCUCACGGCUGCCUUGUAUUCUCAUUUAAUUCUCACAACAGCUUUGCAAGCUAGGUCUGAUUAUUCCCAUUAACUGAGAAACCAAGGCUCAGAGAAGUUAAGUAAAUCUCCCUAAGUCUCACAGAGCUGGUAAAUUAGAGAACUUAAGUUUGAGCCCGAGGCUUCUCACUCCAAAUGUAGUGCUCGAGGUAUGGAUGGUCCAGUGGUUAAGACUCCAUGCUCCCAGGGCAGGGGACAUGGACUCCAACCCCGAUCCCUAGUCAGGAAGUAAGAUCUCACACGGGUAGCAAAAAAAAAAACAAACACCCCAAACCUAAACUACCUUCUUCAGGCCCAAAGAGGUCAAUUUAUCACAGAGCUUUUUUUUUUUUUUUUUAAAUAUUUAUUUUUUGGCCACACUAUCCAGUAUGUGGGAUGUUAGUUUCCCAACCAGGGAUCAACCUGUGCCCCCUGGAAUGGAAGCCCAAGUCUUAACCACUGGACCACCACAGAGCUUUUGAAAAAUUAAACAGUUUCUGCUUGUUUGGGAAAUAUUUUCUUUCUCAAACCAUAUUGUAUCAUACCUUGUAUGUGCUUUCUUACUAGUUUAAUAUUUUUAUAUAAUUCAAUAAUUCCUGGAAAGCCUGAUUGUUUUCUCUGAAUGAGUAUGACAUUGUCUGCCUAUUGAGAACCUUCUGUGUUUAUCCAGUAAAUUACUUGUAUUAUCUUUUGUCCACCUUAAAGGGAGAUGAUCAUGCCAGUUUAGUCUAAUAAAAGUCAAGUCGUUUACAAA